CGCAUCUCAAAUUUUCGCCAACGAUCUGGUCAUGGUGGCCGACCUCAUUCGCGACUCGCCGUUUGGGCAUAUCGUGCGCCUUGUUACGCGCAACAAGUACUUCCAGUAUCCUGAAGAGAAGGAUCCAAAUCUCUGGAAGAAAUAUGUCAACCAGGAGAAGUCCGGCUAUGUCGCACACCACGGCAAUACUUCGCCGCCUGAGGAGGAGGUCGAGGAAUUGCGGCAAGCGCGCGGUGUGAGAGAUCGCGAAGGCUCGGAAAGCUCGCGGACAGAAAUUGGCGAGGAAUACAAUUAUGCGAGCGGUGUCAAGAUAGAUCAAGAGAAAGGCAAGGACCAGCAUGUCAUUGACUGGUUUGGGCCGGAUGAUCCACAAAACCCGCGCAACUGGAGUCGUGCAAAGCGAUUCUUCGUCACCUUCGAGAUCUGUUUCCUCACCUUCUCCGUAUACAUUGGUUCUGCCAUCUACACGCCCGGUCUCAUGGAUGUCAUGGCUGGCUUCGGCGUCGCCCAGGUUCCGGCUACCUUGGGCCUGACUCUCUACGUUGCUGGAUACGGCCUUGGGCCCAUCAUCUGGUCGCCGCUGAGUGAGAUCCCCCAGAUAGGGCGGUUGUGGGUGUACAUUGGCACACUGUUCAUUUUCUGCUGCUUCCAGCUCCCGACCAUCUACUCGGUCAACUUUGGCAUGCUUCUCGCGUUCCGAUUCCUGACUGGCUUCUUCGGGUCUCCGGCUCUGGCUACCGGAGGUGCUACCAUCGCCGACAUGUACCGGCCGCAGAAGCAGGCCUACGGUCUUGCUGUCUGGGGUAUUGGAGCUGUAUGCGGACCCGUCCUCGGACCUCUCAUUGGCGGAUUUGCAGUCAUGUCUGGUGGCUCUGGUGUUGUCAAGGGCUGGAAGUGGACGAUCUGGGAGCUGUUGUGGCUGUCCUCUUUCUGUCUCAUCUUCCUGUUCUUCUUUCUGCCGGAGACUAGCUCGCCAAACAUUCUGCACCGCCGCACAAAGCGUCUCCGCAAGCUGACCGGCAACGACAAACUCACCUGCGAGCCAGACAUGAUAUCUGCAGAGAUGAAGCCUAUGGAUGUUGUGCAGAUGUCUCUGCUCAAGCCCAUCACUCUUAACUUCCAGGAGCCGAUUGUAUUCUUGCUCAACCUCUACAUCGCGCUCAUCUACGGUCUGCUGUACAUCUGGUUCGAGUCGUUCCCGCUCGUGUUUACUGAGAUUUACGGCUUCAACCUCGGACUUGAAGGCGUUGCUUUCCUUGGUAUCCUGGUCGGUACGCUGAUCGCAGCUAGCAUUCUCUUUACCUGGCUGUACCUCUACCAGGAGAAGCAAUUUGACGAGAAUGGCAACAUUGCGCCCGAGAAGCGCUUGAUUCCUGCGAUGGUCGGCUGUUGGUGUGUUCCUAUUUGCCUUUUCUGGUUCGGCUGGUCGUCUCGAUCAGAGGUACACUGGAUUGUCCCAAUCAUCGGAACCAGUUUCUUCGGCAUGGCAGCCUUCACGCUCUUCAACGCCGUCCUCCCCUACCUUAGCGACGCCUACCCCGACAACGUGGCCAGCGUGCUCGCCGGCAACGAUCUCAUGAGGAGCGCCUUUGGAUCUGGGUUCCCGCUGUUCGCCAAUGCCAUGUACGUGCGCUUGGGCAUCAACUGGGCGAGCAGCUUGCUGGGCUUCCUGGGUAUUGCGUUCAUUCCGAUUCCGUUCUUGCUGUACAAGUUCGGCAAGAGAAUUAGGCACAAAAGUAAGAGCGCCAGGAAGGAUAUUUGA